CACAGUUUGAUAGCAAUUGGCGCACAUGGUUCUUAAAAUAAUCUCACUAUUGCUCAGUGUGCAUUAAAUAAAAACAAUAUAGAUGUUGUUUAUAAGUUACAAGUUACCAGAAUUAACAGAAACACAAUGGUGAGAGCAAAGAAUUUGUCCGACCUCGCACAACAGAAGCGUGAUCUGAAGAAGAAGAAACAAUUGAAUCCGUUUGAGGUACACAUCAACAGAGACAAGCAGAAGGUGCUGGGUCGGAAAAGUAAAAAUGAUCGUGGAUUACCGGGAAUAUCAAGGGCAAAGGCUAUCAAUAGGCGCAAACAGAGUCUUCUUCAAGAAUAUAAAUUGAAAAACAAAGACAAUCUUUUUCUGGACAAACGUAUAGGUGAGAAAAAUUCUGGCAUGAGUGCGGAGGACAAAGCAAUAGCGAGAUUUGCCAAGGAACGCACAAAGGCGUAUAAAAAGAGUAUUUUCAAUUUGCACGAUGAGGAAAUACUGACGCAUAGAGGUCAAACUCUCGAAGAAAUAGAGAAAUUCGACGAUCCCAGAAGCGACGACGAAUACAGUGACAACGGAAACACCAACGACAAACUGGAUAGAAAUUUUGUGGAAGACGCUCACUUCGGCGGUGGGACUUUGUCGAGAUCAGAUUCUGCGUUAUCGAGAAAGAAUUUGAUCGAUCAGCUCAUCGCGGAGUCGAAGAAACGAAAAGCGGAAAAGCAAAAGAUACGCGAGCAGACGAUAGAUCUGACGGAGAAACUUGAUUCCGAGUGGAAAGAUCUUCUUCCCAUAAUAUCCGCUUCCAAAAAGUCUAGCACGGAUGACGACAGACCAGCAAAAGCCGAUGCCUACGAUAUUGCUGUACGGCAGUUGAAGUUCGAAGCUAGAGGCAAUCCAACGGAGAAACUGAAAUCAGAGGAAGAGAUUGCUAAGGAAGAAAAAGAAACAUUGGAAACACUCGAAGCCGAUAGAUUGGCGAGAAUGAAAGGAUUUGUAUCUUCCGCUGGUAACAAACACAGACCGAGAUCUGCUGACGAUCUAAAUGACGAUUUUUUGACGGAACCUAUCACCGAAGAUGGUAACGAUAACAACGACGUUAAUUCGGUGACCAAUGAUGAUAGUGAUAAUAACGACGAGGAAAAAGAUGAUGAGGAUAAUAACUCGAAUGAAGAUUUGAACGAGAAAGAUUCAUCGAACAAUGAAGAUUCAGACAAUGAGGAUAAUAGUCAAGAAUCAGAGGAAAAUCUUUCUGAUCUGAAAGAGUCUGAAUCAUCCGGUGAAGAUGAACACAAUAAAGCUGUUGAGAAACGUGUUAGAUUUACUGAUACUACGUCGGAAGACAAUGAACAAACAAAACAAUCUGAUGAAUUUGGUUCUAAAUCAAUAUUGAAACAGCGUGACGAUACUGUGCAGACUCCGUUGUCUGACAAAACUGAGAAACAAGAAAUCGUAAAAGAUCUCUUGAAGAGAAAAGAAAUAAUGGAGAAGGCGCGAAAAGAACUGCCUUACACCUACAAUGCUCCAGACAGCUUCGAAGAGUUGGAAGAACUCUUAGAAAAUCAUAACGCGGACUAUCAGUCGGUCAUUGUGGAUCGCAUUAUAAAAUGCAAUCAUCCUAGAUUAGACAGUAAAAAUAAAGAAGCAAUGUCGAAUCUAUUUGUGUAUUUACUGCAAUAUGUAAAUAAUUGCGCUUUUGUGAACACUGCUGAUAGUUUAAUUAAAUGUUUUGACAUUUUUGAUAGAUUGUGUCCUUAUUUUUAUGAUCUGGCGCACAUGAAUCCAGAAAUUGCUCAAACUUCUGUACAGGAAUUGAUCAAGGAAAAGUAUAAAAAAUUUGAAAAUAAAAAAACUUAUCCCGGUAUGGAUACGCUUAUAUUUUUUAAACUGGUGUCCCUGCUGUUUCCAACGUCUGAUUUUAGGCAUCCCGUUGUCACUCCCUGUUUAGCGUUUAUGUCACAAAUAUUGCUGAGAGCUCGUAUCAAGAGAUGUCGAAGUGAUAUUUCCAAAGGCCUGUUUAUGUGUACACUUGUUUUAGAAUAUAUGCAGUUAAACAAGCGAUUUGCACCGUCCGUAAUUAACUUUUUGCGCGGAGUCAUUUACACAGCGACGCCCGCCGAUUUGACGCAAAAUAUAAAAGUUAUACCACCUUUCAAAAGAGACCUAAAGCCUUUGGUGAUCGAUCAAACCGAAGUAACAAUUGACUUGGAGAAUUCACGUAUGUCUGCAAACGAUCUGAUUUGUGAAAACUUGGACGACGACUUCAAGAUCAGAGCUUUGCUGACCGCGGUAAAUCUAGUUAGAGAAUUCAAGAAUCAGCUUCAGGAAUUAGAAGCGGUAUAUUCGAUAUUCGAGCCUAUUUUGAAAUUAUUGGAAAUAAACAAAUUCAAGAACUAUCCGUCAAACGUGAGAAAGCGCAUAAAAGAAGUGCGCAAAGAACUCGCGCUUCUACGGAGCAAGAAACUGGAAUAUAUUGUGCUCGAGAAAAAGAGGCCCAAACCUCUGAGGACGUACGAGCCUAAAAUAAUGACAAUAUAUGACGGAAAGAAACACAAACUCAUGUCGAGGGAAAAAGCAGAAAGGGAGAAAUUGUUGCACAAGUACAAGAGAGAGUUCAAGGGCGCGAUUCGCGAGAUAAGAAGAGACCGAGACUUCUUGGCUAAAGUACAGAUUGCUCAACAAGUUAAGAGCGAUGCCGAACGGAAACGUAAAGUGAACGAAAUUUUCGGAGAAGCUGCGAUGCAACAGAGUGAGUUGAAGAAAAUGAGAAGAAAAAAAUAAAAAUCCAACACAGAACGAAAUGAAACAAACAAACAAACAAAAACAAAUCGAC